AGGUACACGCACGUAAUAAAGAUCGAGUCCUCUCCCGUUUGCUCCUCUGCUCGUUGACCUCCACCUCUCGCCGGCGAUGCCGAACACCGGCUCGCUUCCGGGCGGCCGAGCCGGCCCCGGCGGCGCCAGGAGGUGCGGCAGGGUCACGCGCGUCGACCUCCUCACGGUCGUCCUCGCCGCGAUGCUCUGCUGGGCGUCGUACACCCUGUCGAUAUGGCACAACAGCCGCGGCGCCGCGGAUAGCAGCGUGCUCGGCGGAAUCGGCGGCGCCGGCACGGUCUGCGGCGGCGCCGACGAGGAGCUCGACUUCGAGACGCGCCACGGCGCCGAGGACGCGGGGCUGUCCGUCUCGUCGGGGGCGGGGAACCCGAGCGCGCGCCGGGCAUUGCGCGCGGUGACGAGCAGGUUCCGCGGCCCGUUCCCGUGGCCGGCGAGCCGCGGCGUGGUGUGGGCGGGGAACUCCGCCCACGGCGCCGAGGCCGUCGCCGCCGCCGGCGGCGACAGCAGGUGGGCGCGCCUCGACGGCGACGUGCUCCGCUUCCGCGACGCAGGCGCCGUCCGCGCCUACGCCGACGCGGUGCUCCGGCUAAUCGGCGCGCCCGUGCGCACCGCCCUCGACGUCGGGGCCAUGCAUGGAGGGAACUGGGCGACGGAGCUGCUGUCCCGCGGCGUGCUCACCGUGCCCGUGGCGGCGCCAUGGGGCUCGUCUGAUGGCGCGGCGCUCGUCGAGCUCGCCCUGGAGAGAGGCGCCCCUGCCAUGCUCGCCGCCGCCGCCGCCGCGGGCGUGCCCAGCCGCCGGCUUCCGUUCCCGGCCGGCGCGUUCGACAUGGCGCACUGCGGCCGCUGCCUCGUCCCGUGGCAUCUCCACGGCGGGAGGUUCUUGAUGGAGAUCGACCGCGUGCUCCGGCCGGGCGGUUACUGGGUCCACUCCGGCGCGCCGGCGAAUGGCACGCGGGAGCGCGCCGGCAUCGAGGCCGCCACGUCGAGCAUGUGCUGGAGGAACGUCGCCGACCAGGACGGCGUCACCGUCUGGCAGAAGCCGGUGAGCCACGUCGGCUGCGACGCCGGCAAAAACGAUGACGAUUCUCCGCGGUUCUGCACCGGCCACCAAAACCGCGAUGACAACAAAUGGGACGGCGACGUCGAGCCGUGCAUCACGCCGAUCAAAGAAGGCGCCGCGCCGCCGCGGGAGGCCACCGCGGAUGAGGCGCUCCGGCACGCCGGCGAGACGUGGAAGGGGAGGAUGGCGCUGGCGCGGUACAAGGCGGUGGCCGCCCAGCUCGGGCAGAAGGGCAGGCUCCGCAAUCUGCUCGACAUGAACGCUCGCCUCGGCGGGUUCGCGGCGGCGGUCGCCGACGACCCCGUCUGGGUCAUGAACGUCGUCGUCCCUUCGGCCGGCGGGGACGCGGACACGCUCACGGCGAUCUACCAGCGCGGCCUCAUCGGCGUCUACCAUGACUGGUGUAAGCCCUUGCCGACUCCCGCCAUGAGCUACGACCUCCUGCACGCCGACUCCCUCUUCACCCUGUACAGAGACAGGUGUGACGUGGAGAGCAUCCUGCUGGAGAUGGACAGGAUCCUUCGCCCCGGCCGCGCCGUGAUCAUCCGCGACGACAUCGCCAUUCUUGCAGAGAUCAAGAACUUCGUCACUGGUCGGAUGAGGUGGGGUGUUCAGAUUGUCGACGGCGAAAAUGGCUCGGACCAUCGUGAGAAGCUCCUGUUUGCAGCGAAGACGUGGUCUAACGAUGAAGCUCAAGAUCAGGAGCAAUGAGCAUGAUUCUCCAA